UGGAGAGGCGUAGUAGCCACUGGGCCCCUGCAUGCGAUGCUCUGAUCCGAGCCCGGGCCCUGCCCUGGUGUCAUUUCCCUCCGGUGCCUUCCAGAAGCGCGGCCCUGGUUGAUAUUCCUGGCCUUUCGUUUGCUGCACCGUCUGGAUGUGCCUGGUUACCCUCACUGCCAAUUUUCUCAGCUGUCCUGGACCAUUCAUUUUCGGGGAAACCAUUGGCAGACUUCUAUGCUGGCAUUUCAGGCGUCCCUCCCCAUGAGAGCAGAACCAAGGAAGAAAAAGAAGGUAGAUCCAAGGAGAGAACAAGCACAAAAGGACCGUAUGAAGAAAAAGAUAAAAAAGCUGGAAAAAGCUGCCCAGGAAAUGAUUCCCAUUGAGGAUUUUGUAACACCAUUCAAGUUUUUGGAUGCUUCACGAGUGCGAGAGAUCUCCCCACUGUCCUUUGAGGAGAAUGAAAGGCGAGCCCUGCUCCUGAAGAAAUGGGCCCUGUACAAGCAGAAAGAACAUGAAGCAGAGAUGGAAACACUGAAGUCUCUUAUGGCAGCUCAGCAGGAGGCACUAGAGGAAUUGCGUCUCGAAUCAGAAGAACUUUACCAAGCAGCAAUAAGACGAGAUGAGGACCUGUUUCCCUUUGAGAAAGAGGGGCCUAGUUACACACCACAGGUUCCUGGCUAUGAGGCUCCUGAAGGGAAAUGCAUCGACAUUACCAAAGUGUACACACAGUGAGAUCAGAAGACUGCCAUGCAGCUGGCAGGAGAUACGCAGUUCAUUAAAGGAUGACACAAUGGGAUGCGACUAGACUAUUUAUUUUGCUUUUUCAAACAUCUCUAUGCAGAUGGCUGUCAAAAGAAAAGAAAAACACCACCUGUCCUUGUUCCCUUUCUUUUUAUAACUGGCCAUUUUGACAAUAAAACUUCCAAUAAAAAGAAAAUACUUUAGAACUCCA